AUGGCAGGUCUUAUUGCGAAAUGGAUCAGCAAAAAGAUUCUGGCAGAGAAGGUGGAGAACAACUUUGGCCGCGAGGAUCCCUACUUCGAGACCGUUCCCGCCACCAGGCUUGAUGGCACCCCCACCGGCAAGGUCAAGAAGCGCAGAAAGGCUCUGCCGCCAGGGAUUUCAAAGCAAGACGGAGAAGUUUUGACAAAGGUCAAGCGUCGAGCCUAUCGUCUCGAUCAGUCGCUGUUCACUUGUUGUGGUGUCAAAUUUGGAUGGGGCAGCGUCAUCGGCCUGAUUCCUGCCAUUGGGGAUGUUCUUGAUGCCUUCAUGGCCAUGAUGGUGUUCAGAACAUGCUCAAAGGUCGAAGGUGGACUCCCAAAUUCGGUCAAAUCCAAGAUGAUGUUUAACAUCAUGAUUGAUUUUGUUAUCGGCCUUGUGCCCUUUGUAGGGGAUGUCGCUGACGCGGCUUUCCGCGCCAACACCAAGAACGCCAUUGUCCUCGAGGAGUAUCUUCGCGAGAAGGGAAAGAAGAACUUACGCCGCAGCGGAGCACCCAUUCCAGCGGUUGACCCGAGCGACGCUGAAGAGUGGGAUCGCUUGCAAGGAGACCGCACGCCGCCCGAGUAUGUCAGCCGGGAGCCGUCUCGCAAUGGACGCAUGUCGUCGAGUCGUCAGCACUCAUACAAUGGACGCGCCCCAGCUGCGCCCGCCAACGCCGCGGUUAGAGACGAACGGGGUCGAGGCUGGUUUGGGUUUAGUCGGUCGAGAGCCGAUGAUAUCGAGUCAGCCCGCGACCCUACCGAUAGGCCAGCACCCCGAAAGUCGAUGAGAUGA